AUGUCCACAGGAAGCAGUGGGAGACGCCGACACGCUGCAAAGCGCAGGAAGAUUGACGCGACAGACACGAUCGCAGUCCCAGAAGACGGCGAAGGCAGACUUUCAGAUGCACGGAAGUCGCGCGUCGAACAGGCAGCCGGACUGCCAGCAUCCCCCUCUGAGAGACCGCUCCCCGAAGCCGUACCGAUCGUGCGUCCUCCAGAUGCGCCCUUCCGGCCUGGCGCGAUACCGCUGUGGGUUGUGCGCGGCGCAGAAGGCAAGAAGCAGUUGGUAUCGGAGAUGGUGCCUGGAUGCCGGCAUUGGCGGAUUGGGGACCCCAAUGUUCCUUGGUGCUUCGAGUGCAAGAAAGAGGGCGACGUGAUGGGGUGUAAGACCUGCAAGCGGUCAUAUCAUGCGGCUUGCCUGGGCGAGUCAGGACCUGCAGAAGAUGCCUCGACAAAUGCGUUCUACUGCCCGACUUGUGUCCAGCGCGGUUGGGAUAUGCGCCCGCCGGCGGACAUUUUACCGCUGACACCUCUCUCUUCCCGCGAGAGCAGUCCUGUGCCACAGAUUACAAGGCCAAACGCAAGUCCAAAAGUCGCAAUCGCCGCUGAGCCUCGCCAGCAAUCAGAGCAAACGACGGUGUCACGGCACGAAAGCUAUGCGUACCCCGACCUUGGCCCAAGGAUCCGUGAAGGGUCAGCUCGUGAAGCAUCUGUCCCAGUUCCGGACCGAGGACAAUCACAAGAGCUGUUUAGAAACGACUACAGUGCAUCAUCCAGAGCUUCCUCGGGUCCGAUGGUCACAGCCUACCUGCAACAGCAGACUGUGUUGAAGGAUACACGAGAAGACCACCAUUCACCAUCCCUCCGAUCCCCCAUGGUCGCUGAAAGUACUGUUAACCAAGCAAAUGCCGCGUCGCGGUCGACCAAGGCAAAAUCCAGGUACCAAACAAUGCCUGACGAGGUGGACCAAGCGCUCACAGUCAUUUAUCGCGAGUUAGAGUCUGUGGCUGCGAUGAAGCAAGACAUUGCAGUCCUUCAGGAUCGGCUGAGAGCCACUGAACAAGCGCGGCAGAUUUUGGAAGGUCGUCUGGCUCUUGAACGCUCAGGCGGAAUGGCCGUUGCCAGCAAGGAUGCCGAGAUCAAAUCUCUGAACCAGCGGCUUGCUGAGCUGAGACAAGGCAACGAGAAGCUUGUCGAAGAAAAUGCUAUGCUGAAGCAACGCAUGAUGGAUCAACAGAAGUCCAGUCAAGCUGGCCUGGAGGAGAUGGAAGCCCUGAAAGCGAGUCUUCGCCGGCUCCUUGGUAACUGA